AAACCGUUAUCAGUGUAAGACCAAGCUAAUAAACCAUCAUUUUAAAUGAUAUUGCACGUAUAAUCUCUCGCUCGCUCUCUUUUUAAGCAUUUUAAUUAGUUAUUUUCCUUCUCUUCUACCUUUUUUCACUCUUCUCUCUUUUUAAGCUGAUAUGCCUGUCUUUCAUUCAAGUUAUAAUCAAAUCAAAUCUUUGAUGCAAAUAUAGCUCUUUAGCGACCUUUCGGUAAGACAAUCUUCCAAAGAUGCUCGGUGCAUCGGAAUAUUAUUCAUUGGGAAGAGGAUCUACCAUUAAUUACUACACGCCUCAAGCUCUGCAACAACUGAGAAGAUUCUACUCUGCAAUUAAAAAGGAAUCACCACGAGUUCUACAUUAGGUUGCUUUGAUGAUUUUCUUUGAGUUUUGGUGCUAAUCCAUGAAGAAUUUUUACUGGUUUAAGCAAAUCUCAAACAAUGUUAAGUCAGAGAGGAGGCUUUCUCUUGGGGAAUACAAAAGAGCAGUUUCUUGGUCUAAGUAUUUGGUUUCCUCUGGCGGUGAGAUAAAAGGAGAAGGAGAAGAAUGGAGUGCUGACAUGUCACAGUUGCUUAUUGGCAACAAGUUUGCUUCAGGUAGACAUAGUAGGAUUUAUAGAGGGAUAUAUAAGCAAAGGGUUGUGGCAAUUAAAAUUAUCAGCCAGCCUGAGGAGGAUGAGAAUUUAGCUAACUUUCUUGAGAAGCAGUUCAUUUCUGAGGUGGCUUUGCUUUUUCAUUUGAGGCAUCCCAAUAUUAUCACUUUUGUUGCAGCUUGUAAGAAGCCUCCUGUGUUCUGUAUAAUCACCGAGUAUCUUGCAGGUGGCUCAUUAAGAAAGUAUUUGCAUCAGCAGGAGCCAUAUUCAGUCCCACUUAAUUUAGCUCUAAAAUUAGCUCUUGAUAUUGCACGUGGGAUGCAGUACCUUCAUUCACAAGGAAUACUUCACAGGGAUCUCAAAUCAGAAAAUUUACUCCUUGGAGAAGAUAUGUGUGUGAAGGUGGCAGAUUUUGGUAUUUCAUGCUUAGAAUCUCAGUGUGGUAGUGCAAAGGGAUUUACUGGUACUUAUCGGUGGAUGGCACCUGAAAUGAUUAAAGAGAAACAUCAUACAAAGAAAGUAGAUGUUUACAGUUUCGGCAUAGUCCUUUGGGAGCUUUUAACGGCUUUGACACCAUUUGACAACAUGACUCCAGAACAGGCUGCAUUUGCAGUUUGCCAAAAGGAUGCAAGACCACCGCUACCCUCCUCCUGUCCACUUGCGUUUAGUCAUCUCAUCAACCGAUGCUGGUCAAGCAAUCCCGAGAAGCGACCACAGUUUGAGGAGAUAGUUUCGAUUUUGGAAAGUUAUGCGGAAUCCCUCGAAGAGGAUCCGGAAUUUUUUAAGACUUAUAAACCUUCUUCAGGUCGUACUAUUUUGAGGUGCCUGCCAAAAUGUAUUACUGCGGAUUGAAUUGCUAAGAUGUAUAAUGAUGUGUGAUGCUACGUGUACCAUAGUGUUUACUUGUCUAGGUAGGUUCAGAUGUUCAACUGAACUCUACCUAUAUAUAUAUAUAUAUAUGCGCUUUUGAUAUAGGUAUUCUUAUUCCCUUCAAAUUUUAUGUACCAAUCUGAAGUUGUACAACCAAGCAGAAUAUUGUGUAGUGUGUUUGUUUCACUACAACCGUUUUCGAUUA